CGAAGAGAAGCGGGGGGAGGCGAAGGCAACAGGUUCGCCGUUCCGAGUCGUCCGUCGCCUGCCCGCUGCCCGUUCCGGGCGCCUCCGCCCCGUUUCGUCGACCACCUCUCCGGCGCCGCCGUCCUGAGCCGUCGCACGCGCCACGGGGGCGCCUCCCGCGCGCGCUCCCUACGCCGGCUCCGCCCCGCCCCGCCGCCAUGGGCUCCAGAGUCCUUCACUUAGACGUUCCUGCAAAUUCUGAGGCCUAUCUUAUGAGAAAUGUACCAGGGAGUGUAAGUAGCCCUCCCAUGAAUGGUGAAAAGGGUCUCUUUCGAAAUCAGAAUGCGGGGUUCACUGCACUUGCAAGUCCUGUGAGGAGAGAAAUCGGAAACAGAUCGUCGACAAGGUCCUUCUGUGUUGAUGACAAUGACUUGGAAGAUGGUAAGGCCUCAAAAGAAAGGGAGAGUUCUGCACAGUCACUCAGGCUCCCAAAGAUUCAGAAUCAGGCUCUCUUAUCUGGUCUGGCUUACUGCAUAUCAUCAUGCAGCAUGAUCUUAGUCAACAAAUUUGUUCUAUCUAGCUAUGGUUUCAGUGCUCCAGUAUUUUUGAUGCUUUACCAGAACAUUGUAUCAGUGACCAUAGUUUCUACACUAUCCCUGUCCGGUGCUGUUCCAACUGAACCAUUGACAUGGAAUUUAAUCAAAGUUUGGUUGCCUGUAAAUAUCAUCUUUGUUGGAAUGCUGAUCACAAGCAUGUUUAGUUUGAAGUACAUUAAUGUUGCCAUGCUGACUAUAUUGAAGAAUGUCGCCAAUGUCCUGACUGCUUCUGGGGAAACUUAUUUUUUCAAGAAGCAGCAUGGUACUCAAGUUUGGGUUGCUCUUAUGUUGAUGAUAAUCUCUGCAGUUGCGGGAGGAAUAACGGAUCUGUCAUUCCAUGCUGUUGGAUAUAUCUGGCAGACCUUAAACUGUGUUCUGACGGCGGCAUAUUCGCUUACAUUGCGACAUGUAAUGGACAGUGCUAAGCAAGUCACCAAGUCUGGGAAUUUGAAUGAGCUUUCGAUGGUGUUGCUGAAUAAUGUUCUUUCACUGCCAUUGGGAAUUAUCCUCGUUCUUGGUUUGAAUGAAAUGGAGUACCUUUUGCAGACAUCACUCUUAAGGAUGCCCGAGUUUUGGCUGGUCAUCACUGCCAGUGGAGUUUUGGGGCUUGGAAUCAGCUUUACAUCGAUGUGGUUUCUCCAUCAGACGAGUGCAACAACAUAUAGCCUUGUGGGCUCCUUGAACAAGAUCCCUCUUUCCAUCGCUGGGAUCGUCCUCUUCAACGUUCGUACAAGCGUGCAGAACUCUUUGAGCAUUCUGUUUGGUCUAUUAGCAGGAGUAUUCUUCGCCAGGGCCAAAUUGCGAGAUAACUCACCGACCUUGUGAUCACCGUGCAGGCUUUAUAGUUUGUAGAUCAUCAAUCAGCUCAGAAACACUCUCUGGAUUUGUGCAGAUGCAAUGGUUGUUUCCCACCUGACUAUGCAGAGAGACAACACAUGCACCCGGAUUGGGCUGGGACUCUCCAGUUCUCCUUCUCUUCCCCACAAGCUGACUUGACCCACAGUGGUUAGUCUUCUGGUGGUAUACGUCUUCGUUCUUGCUGUAAAAUAGUACCCAAAAAGAAAAUUGAUGGACGCAACUGAUUCUCAGGCAGUUUGUGAUGGAAAGGCGGGUUGAUUGUAGUUUGUAAAGACACGGUUGCUGGAUGGAAGGGGAUGUAAUGGUAAUAGGUUCCGUGCAUGGGAAAUAUUAAUACGAAGUAUCUAGAUCAGGAUUCAGGCGACGGAAAAAGUAAAAAAAUGAAUUGGUUUGUUUAUUUCAAACAAGAUGGGCCUGAAGAAGCAGAGAAGUGCAAGCUAAGAUUCAAAUGGCAACGGGCAAUGCCGGUAGGUACACAGCUAUUUGUAUAAAAAAGACAAUGAAAUCGAAGUUUUAAACGGGUAAAGUAUAAAAAAUUCAAAG